AUGAGUUUUUUGGAUCUCUUAAAGGCUAAGAAAAACAGACUUAGACCAACUCAGACGUACGUAACGUCAUUGGAUGGAAAAGUUUAUAAGCAAACUAAAGACAGUCUUGAAUUUGUGAAGACCCACACUGGAUAUGUUGUAGAUACCAAACCAGAUAAAAUUCCAGCAAACAUAAUUGAUUGCCUGUACUUGGGAUCUCAGGACUGUUGUGAAAAGGACAUCCUUGAUAAGUACAACAUCAAGUUUGUUUUAAGCAUCGGUAUUGAAGCUCCAACUCAAUAUGAAGGCAUAACCUAUAAAUUCGUAGAAUGCUUAGAUUUGCCAGAGAGUGAUCUGCUAAAGCCCCUAAAGGACUGUGUACCAUUCAUAAAAAUCGCAGUAAACAACAAUUGUAAUGUUUUGGUUCAUUGUAACGCAGGUGUUAGCCGUUCGUCUUCUAUUGUAUUAGGUUACUUAAUUUUAGAAAAAGGGUAUACUUUUUUGAAAGCGUAUGAUAUUGUAAAGUUAGCUAGGAGCUGUAUGAAACCAAAUGCUGGUUUUGAAAAGCAGUUGAAGUGUUUGGAUGGUGAUUGUGUGUUUUAA